CCUCCACUCAGCGCCUGUCAGCACGCGGCUGCAGACAAAACAAGCUCGCGAGGCGCGGCUACGAUGAUCGCGCAAAUCGGCAAAGACAAUCCCGCGGCCAGCUGUCCCCGAGCCGCAGCGGCCGCGUACCCGGACUCCCCCGCGUCCUCGGCGCCGGACCACGGGCAGCUCUUCCUCCGCAGGCCCACUCAGACCAGCACGGGCAGCGUCAACCCGGAGGGCGGCAGCACGCAGCCGCUGGUCCCCUCAGCCUCCGCCGCCGCCAACUCUGCCGCCUCGCGCACCAUGACGUCCUCGGGCGAGUUCGCGCCGUCCGCUGGCCCGCUGUUCGUGCCAAACUCGCGGCGGAACCUGCUGUACAAGGCGCUGUGCUUCGCGGUGCUGGCCGCGCAGGGCGCCGUGCUGGACUACUACCUCAUCGCCUUCACCGACCUGUACUGGUGCUCGUGGAUCGCCACGGACCUCGUGGUGCUCUCCGGCUGGGCCAUCUUCUUCGCCAAGAACAGCCGCAGCAAGCGCGAGCGCGCGUGCGGAUUCCGCCAGAAGGGCUCGCUUUUCGGCUGCCGCCUGGGAGAGUUCGCCUUUGCCUACCUGGCCUGGCUCAUCUACGUGAUCGCGUGCGCGCCCAAGGUCGUGCUGAUCCUCGAGACGUCCAUCCUGGAGCUGGUCGCGCAGCGCGUGCCGCUCGGCGUCACGGGGUUCGAGCUGGCAGUGCUGCUCGCGGCGCCGCUGCUCUUCUGCCUCAUCAACUCGGUGGCGGAGGACCCGAACGGAGCCACGCGCCACCACUCGCGCGGGUGCUUUACGGCCACGUGCAUGGACGUGCUGGACAGCUUCGAGCUCGUGGAGGCGCUCGUGCGCGGCACGCUGCCCACAGACGCGCGCUACGUCAGGUACGCGGUGGUGGCAGCGCACGUGGUGGCGCUGGCCGCGCCCGUCGUGUGGCUAUACGAGCUGACCGCCUCGCGUGCGCGCUGCCGCUGGGCGUGGGCGCGCUUUCUGACGGGCGCGCUGGUGAACGCGCCGCUGCUGGCCAUCCGGUGCGUGCUGGUGCUGCUGUACCACGCGCCGGCCUCGCUCUUCCUCUUCAAGAACGCCUUCUUCUUGGCCUGCGCGUGCCUGGAGCUCAUCGAGCAGUGCGCGAACGCGCGCAGCGCGCGCCGGCUGGCGGGACACGCGGCGCAGGUCUCGCACUGCGUCUCGGAGAACGACAUGGGCCCGCACGGCUACGUCAACACGCUGGCCGUCAGCACGCAGCCGUAGAGAGAGGACGCGAGGCGCGAGGACUCUUCUCCGGAGGUCGCGGGACAUCAGCAGCAAGCAGCCUUUUAUUGGACGCCGUCGCGC